CCCCCGCGCCCGCCGCCGCGCGGACAAUAAACAGCCGCGCGCGGGGCGAUGCCCGCGCCGGUGCCGCCGCCCCCGCGCCGCACAGCCCAGGCCACCAGGCCUUAGCCCGCCGGCCGCCGGAGCUCCCGCGCGCCUCCGCGCCCCCGCCCGGCCUCGCGGACGCACAGACCUCGGCGGGGAAAUGGAGGUCCUGGCGGCAGAGACCAUAUCCCAGCAGGAGAGGCUCCAGGCCAUUGCAGAGAAGCGGAGGCGGCAGGCAGAGGUGGAGAACAGGCGCCGGCAGCUGGAGGACGACCGGAGGCAGCUGCAGCACCUGAAGUCUAAAGCGCUGCGGGAACGCUGGCUGCUGGAGGGGACGCCUUCUUCGGCCUCGGAGGGGGACGAGGACAUGAGGAAGCAGAUGCAGGAGGAUGAGCAGAAGGCUAGGCUCCUGGAGGAAUCCAUCGCCAGGCUGGAGAAGGAGAUCGAGGAGCUGGAGAACGCGGACACCCUGCCGGCCCCAGUCAAGGAGACCCAGGUGGCCCCCAGCCCUGGCCCUGUGGUCCCCGCCCCUUGCCCUGCCCAGGAGGACCGGAAGGCAGAAGUGGAUCUGAAUGCUCAGCAGACCCCCGUGGGCACUCCCAAAGAAAAGCGAAUCUCCAACACCCCCAUGAGGAUGGUCGAAGGCUCCACCAUGAUGAAGGCAGUGGUCCAUGCAGUGGACGGCACUGCUGAGAAUGGAAUUCACCCGCUGAGCUCCUCUGAGGUGGACGAACUCAUCCACAAGGCAGACGAGGUCACACUGAGUGAGGCGGGGUCGGCGGCUGCACCGGAGACCCGUGGACCGUCGGAGGAGGUGGUCCGGACCACGCCCUCCAGGCGGGAGAUCACAGGUGUUCAGGCCCAGCCGGGCGAGGCCACUUCUGGCCCGCCGGGCAUCCAGCCUGGCCAGGAGCCUCCAGUCACCAUGAUCUUCAUGGGCUACCAGAACGUGGAGGAUGAGGCGGAGACCCAGAAGGUACUGGGCUUGCAGGACACGAUCACCGCGGAGCUGGUGGUCAUUGAGGACGCUGCUGAGCCCAAGGAGCCCGCCCCGCCCAAUGGCAGUGCGGCCGAGCCCCUGGCCACCGAGGGUUCCAGGGAGGAGAACCAGGUGGGGCCUGAGGCCCCUGCCAGCGAUCCCCAGGACCUGGACAUGAAGAAGCAGCGCUGUAAAUGCUGUUCCAUCAUGUGAGCUGCCCGGCCCCCAGACCCUGGCCCUGCCCUCCGUACCAGACACCCACAGCCCGCCUUCCCGGCGCCUGCCCACCCUCCACCCACAGUCAUGGGCCCAGGACAUGCUGUGUUGUCACACGUUCCUCCCGAGUUUUCUUUCACUGGAAAGAGAGGGACAGGGGUUCCCCAUCCCAUCAACCCCCCACACACCCCCAAGCCACUGAGCCGUGCACCCACGCCUGGUAGGAGAGACACGGACACACCCGCUUCUCCCCAAACGAGGGCCCUCCCCAUGUCACCGUGUCACGGCAGCUUCACAGAUGCGGCUCUCGCCCAUGGCGGUCCUGGCUGGUGUGACCUGGGGCCUCGUCGCAGCCCCCAACCAGCCCACCACCCUCUGGGCCUCCUGCCUGUGCCUUCCUGCCACCUCCAAUGAGGUCCCUGAGGGGUCCCCCGCCGGAGGGGAUCCUGAGAGCCAGGGGUUCUGGGGCCGUAGCCCCGGAGGUGGGGUCCCUGGCCGAGGUCCCCAGUCUGUAUCUCAGGCAGCAGAGCAGAGGCUUGCCUCCAGGGGCGGGGCUCAAGGUCUUGGAAUGCAGUCGGGACCCCCCUCGGUACCCACCCCCCGCCCGCCUGAUGGGCCCCUCUCCCCACGCCCUCUUUGAGCGCAGCCGGUGGAUGAUGGAGCCUGGAGACGCUCCCCCAACGCGGGAGGGUUGUGACACCCCCCCCACCCCUACCCCCCCGGGGCUGGGCCGGGAGUCUUGAGCUGCCUCCUGAGCGAGGCUGGGCCAUGUGAGCCCCUGUUCCUGAGCUCCCAAUCCCACUGGGCCCUCCUUCCUCCUGGUGCUAAUUCAGGGAGCCUGGGGGAGCGCCAUGGCCCCCUUCCCCAGCCUGCUUGAACCGGGGUCCUGGGUCCUGCUAACCCUACCCCAGAGACGAGGCCCACCGCCAGCUCUGCUGGGCUUGGCGAGUUCCAGGUGGUGGGGAGGGUCACCUGGCCCGGGGCGGGGAGCUUCCCCGGGUGGUAGCCGGAGACCCCCAUUGGCUGCGCAGCCUGAUGUGUGCCUGCCCCCCAUCACUGGAAGGGGCGAGGGCGCCCCUUCCAGGGGCGGCUGACACCCGGAUGUGCACGUCUCCCUGGCUGCAGCCACACCCAAGAGGCCCGUUGGCGCACGCAAGCGUUCGCAGACCCUCUCCCGCGUGGGCCGUGAUGAGCAGGCCCCACCCUCGGGGCCUGUAGUGCCCAGAACCCAGGCCACGCCCGCCUCCCUAGGGUGGGUGCGGGGGCCCGCCCUGGACCGCAGCCUGGGUCCCCGUCUCAGCCCCGCCCCUGGGCGGCUGGGGGAGAGGCCUCUCGGAAGUGCCCCUGCGCGGUGGCCGUGGCCCCCCUAGUCCGCCCCCUUCCUCGAGCUGUGAGCCUCCGCUGAAGUGCCCUUGCCGCCCCUACGCUUUCGAUGUGUGACGAGGCCCCGUGUUCCCGACUUUCCCAGAGAAGCGAAUAAACAGUGUGAACAGCC